CCUUUCAACCGGUGCAAGGCCACAUUCUAUCUGGUUUUUGACUUCUGCGAGCAUGAUUUGGCAGGCCUGCUGAGCAACAUCAAUGUCAAGUUUUCAUUGGGUGAAAUCAAGAAGGUGAUGCAACAGCUUCUCAAUGGCCUCUACUUCAUUCACAGCAAUAAGAUCCUGCACCGUGACAUGAAGGCAGCGAAUAUUUUAAUCACCAAGGCUGGUGUGCUGAAGCUGGCCGACUUUGGGCUGGCUCGGGCCUUCUCCCUGAGUAAAACGGGCCAGCCCAAUCGUUAUACCAACCGGGUGGUCACGCUGUGGUACCGUCCACCUGAGCUACUGUUGGGCGAGCGCAACUACGGCCCUCCCGUAGACAUGUGGGGUGCAGGCUGCAUCAUGGCCGAAAUGUGGACCCGCUCACCCAUCAUGCAGGGCAACACAGAGCAGCACCAGAUCAGCCUCAUCAGUCAGCUGUGCGGCUCACUCACACCCGAUGUCUGGCCCGGCGUCGAGAAGCUCGAGCUGUACGCCAAGCUCAACCUUCCCAAAGGACAAAAGCGCAAGGUCAAGGAGCGUCUCAAGGCAUAUGUCAAGGACCCUUAUGCACUGGACCUGCUGGACAAGCUGCUGCACCUGGACCCAAGCAAACGGUGUGACAGCGACAGUGCACUAAACCACGACUUUUUCUGGACGGACCCAAUGCCGUGUGACCUGGGCAAGAUGCUGUCUCAGCACACUCAAUCAAUGUUCGAGUACCUGGCACCCCCACGGCGUCGGGUAAUGCAGCAACAACCUCCACAGGGCCCCCACCACCCACCCAAGGUGCCUUCAGCUUCAGAUGGCCAGUACCACGACCGUGUCUUCUGACAUGAGCCGAGCUGCUGUGCCUAGUCCUCCCAGUGCGUGGAAGCAGCACCGCUUUUCCGGGAGCUUCCACGACUGCCAGCAUCGCCAAGUGAGAAGCCAUCUGUGCCUGUGCAGCUGCAGAGUUGGAACAUCCUUGAGCAGAGCAGUCUUUGUCUUCUGACAUGAGCCGAGCUGCUGUGCCUAGUCCUCCCAGUGCGUGGAAGCAGCACCGCUUUUCCGGGAGCUUCCACGACUGCCAGCAUCGCCAAGUGAGAAGCCAUCUGUGCCUGUGCAGCUGCAGAGUUGGAACGUCUUUGAGCAGAGCAGUCUUCUGUGACACCAGGAAAUAGCAAGCACUGCCAUCUGCAUGCCUCGCUACAGUUUAUGCAUGUGGCUCUAUUUUGCAUUGCACUACAUGUCCAUAACUAUGUGUGAUUGAGUCAGCCCUGAUGGCCAGGUGCUGCUCGUGCACUCUCUGGACGCAGAAAUGACAGCAGUGGCACACGUCUGUGUAGUUCGUUUCUACACUUUGUUUGCAUGGACUCUUUCUCAAAGUUGCAGUACUAUAAGUGCGGGUCACUGUUGGUGCAAGCUAAGGUUAUUUUGUUAUUCAUCUUUUAUGGUUGUCACAUUAUGCUUAGCAUAGGUUCUUUGUUUACCCUGUAAAUAUCAUUUUCAUUUUUUUUGUUCUUUCUUUAAACUCUAAUUAUUGGUGGUUGUUGACUGUAUAUUGCAGGUAUAUCUCACCGUCCACUAUGGUGGUUUCUACCAUGCUUACUAUUACCAUUUUCCCAAUAGGGCUCAGUCUCCAACAAUGAAAUGAUUACAGCCUGCAUUAAAUGUGGCAAUGAGAUAUAGUGUCUCUAAAAUACAAUGAAUGGAUGGAUGGUGGAUAAAUAAUGGAUGGUGGUUGUAUAUUGGACAGUAGUUUAGGUGACCUGAUGAUUGACGGUAGCCUAGGUGGGUAGAAAGUCUCCCGUGUACCAGGUAUGUGGCAGGUACAGAGAUGGCGGGCGUCAUAAUAUUUGUGAAUGAAAUAUUUUUCUUUGAAUGCCCUUUCUGUUAUGACUGAAAUUGUAUCUUCCUGUUACAAAAGGCAGAUAAGUUAGGCACAGAAAACAAAUUGACUUGCACUAAUAAUUCAAACAGGCUAUAUAAUAGCCUGUUUAUACCUAGCAAAAACAGCCUGUCUCAGUGUAUUACAUUGUAAUAACUUUCUUCUCUAGUGCAGACUGACACACGGACAAAGAGAGGGAUUGACACCAGCGCUUUGUGGCGUGUCAGUCUGUGCUAGAAAACGUUACUACCGUGUAUACGUACCAAGUAGCCCGUCUUUCAGCAUAACUCUAUUCACUUCUCUACAACUCAUGGUGUUGUGCUUACUCCUUUGCCUACACAAGCAGCUUCUGCAGAAAACCUUCCCUACAGUGCCAUGACAGUCUCUUUGUGGCUCUAAUUGAACUUACUAUAAAGAGAUGCAUUUCUCCAUGCAACCUGAAAAACAUUUUAAACCAUAAUUAAAAAACAUACCAUGUUCAUACCGAAUGCUGUGCUCAGACAAUUCACAUACAGUAAAAACUUGUUAAUUCGAACCGCAAGGGGAAGUUGCCUCAGUUCGAAUUAACGAAAGUGAAGAACAAUAGCACAUUGCGAGUAAAGCAUAACAAUUUAUUUUUUGAAAAAAAUCUGAUCGCG